AUACCACAGGCAAGAAGACUCAGACUGUGUAUUUUAAAUAUAAUUCCUAGGUAUCAUGCAAUAAUGCCAGAUCAAAUGAGUAAACGCGCGCAUAGUAGUCGUGUUUAGUGCUGAACUGCUGAGGUAUUUGAUAUCCUCCCCAGCUCAGGAAUUAGAUAAAAAAUGUACAACCUUCUACAUGGAAAGUAUUGUUGGAACACAGUCUCCCCCAUUCGUAGUCCAUUCACGUCCAGACAAAAAACAACAUGUCCAAAAGUAGACUGUACAGCGUGAUGAAGAAAGGAUGACUGGACAGGCCAAGAGCCACACGGUUUAUAUGCGUCGAAUACGCUGGCUACUGGAGAAAGGCAAGGAAUCUCUCACAUUUUGGUGGGAGUUUUCAACACCUAAUAAUGAAAAUCCCAGCUGCUCUAUGUGCUAGAAGACGAAUGGACCAGGAUUUUGUAGGCUUUUGCCCAGCAUAUCCUAGUCUAACAAGGGGAGAGCAGGACCUUGGGAUUUUAUUAUGAGAUGAAGCUUCGCGUAAUAAUUGUUCUCUUUCACUCCUCUGAAUGGUGUUCCUAGUGCUGCUGAAGCUAUGGAUAAUAAGCAUUUGUAUUUGAUGGUUUUUGUUUUGCUGCCUGUUGUCGUUCUGUCACAGUGUCCAUUUGCAGCACAAUUCAAAGAGAUUGACAGAAAUCAUGUGCAACAAUCAGAUAAAAUGGAAGUCCCAUUGGAAGAUUCCGUACGAAGCUGUUCCAAAUUGAAAUAUCGAAGCUAUAACGGCUACUGCAACAAUUUAAAAGUACCUACUAGAGGAAUGGCUUACAGUUAUUAUGCAAGGUUGAUUCCAUCUGAUGAUUCUCGAAACCAAUCAGCUUUGCCUCUUCCAAAAAUGAUAAGCGAAAAGCUUUAUCCAAGCAAGCCGAUAAUAGACAAAGAUUAUAGUUUGGCAAGUAUGCAGUAUGGACAAGUCGUUGCUCAUGAUAUAAGUGAUCGUAUCAUGCCUUUACUAAAUGGUAACAAGCAGAAAACGACAGUGACCUCUUACCUUGACCUGUCUGUCAUUUACGGCAAUAACAAAGAAGUUGCCGAUCACAUUAGGGUAUUUAAAGAAGGACUUUUGAAAACAGAAAUGAGGAAUGGACAGGAAUUUCCAAAGUUGCUGAAAAAGCCAACAAUUGGUGAUAACUGCAGUGAUAUGAGAGAACCUGGAGAAAGCUGCUACGAUGUGGGCGACACUAGAGCAAACCAAAAUCCCCAGCUUGCCAUGAUGCACAUACUUUUCAUCAGAGAACACAACCGAAUUGCCAGGAAACUCUUACAACUCAAUCCAAAUUGGACCGAUGAGAAGGUGUACCAAGAGGCUAGAAAGAUCAACAUAGCACAGCACCAACAUAUUGCGUUCUACCAAUACCUGCCCAUUGUGCUGGGUAGGAAGAAUAUGCUAGAAAAGAAGAUCAUAUACGAUGCCGAUGGUUAUAUUGAUGACUACAAUGAAGACGUCGACGCAACAGCUCUUGAUGAACAUGGCAAUGCAGCGUUCAGAUAUUAUCACACGCAGAUCGCCGGACACUUGAAACUUAUAACCGAUACUCAUAAUUCGACAGGUGAUUUGCGUAUUAGUGAUUAUAUAGGAAGACCUCAGAUCAUCGAAAAAGGAGAUAACUUUUAUAUGCUUGGUAGAGGACUAGCAUUCCAGCAGUCCAUGGGUGUUGAUAAUUAUCACGAUGACGAGAUAACUAAGUAUAUGUUCAAAGAAGGAAAACAAUUCGGAGAGGAUCUGAAAGUGAUUGACAUUAAAAGAAACAGGGAGCACCUGUUAGCACCGUACAAUGCCCUUAGAAAACUGUGUGGUCUCUCAAGUGCCGAAAAAUUUGAAGAUUUUGGAGAUGUGAUGGAAACAGAGCAUGUUCAGUCCUUGAAAGAGCUGUACGAUCAUCAUGAUGAUGUUGAUUUGACUGUUGGAGGAUCUUUGGAGAAACAUGUGCCAGGAACUUGGGCUGGUCCAACAUUCCACUGUAUCCUUAUGAAGCAGUUUUACAAUACUCGUGUUGGAGACCGAUAUUGGUAUGAACACUCUGGAGAGCUGGGUUUUACUUUAGAGCAGCUGAACGAAAUCAGAAAGUCCAGUCUUUCGAAAAUACUAUGUGAGAAUGCAAAUAUCACGAAAAUACAGAAGGAUAUUUUUCACCUUCCCAACUCUGAAACUAAUCGGGAAACAAAUUGUGAGGAGAUACCUGCAGUGAACUUAAUGUUGUGGAAGGAACCUAAAAGGGAAAACAGUUAGCAUGAUAAUGAUGUAUAGAUAUGUUUUGCUUUGUCGAUUGAAACUGUAUUAGAACUAUGUGUUAUCCAAGUUGUAUAAAUAGAUUGACUUCCAAAA